AUGGACGCGAUCGCCGCGCCUUCGCCGUACCGGCUCGCCCGACUGGCUACUGAUGCCUACGAAUUGCCCCUCAAGGUCUUUGCCCAAGGCGGCGGACAGACUUCGCCGUCGCUUUCUCACCUCUGUCUCCUUGUUUUUGAGGCCGUUCUAGAGGUCGUCUGCGUCAGCUUGCCGGGCUACAUUAUCGCACGACUUGGCCAAUUCGAUGGCGAUAAGCAAAAGUUCCUCGCCAACCUCAACGUCUCGCUCUUCACACCAUGUCUGAUCUUCACGAAACUCGCUUCCCAACUUAGCGCCGAGACGCUGAGCGACCUCGCCAUCAUUCCCGCCAUCUUCAUAGUCCAGACCCUCGUCUCCUGGACUGUCGCUGUCGUUGUCGCUAAGCUCUUUCGCUUUAACCGCCGCGCCUCCAACUUUGUCAUUGCCAUGGGCGUCUUUGGCAACUCCAACUCGCUGCCCAUCUCUCUCGUCCUGUCCUUGUCACAGACCAUUGCCGGCCUUCACUGGGACAGGAUCCCUGGCGAUAACGACGACGAGGUUGGUGCUCGCGGCAUCCUUUACCUUCUCAUUUUCCAGCAGCUCGGCCAGCUCGUGCGAUGGAGCUGGGGAUACCACGUACUGCUGGCCCCCAAGGAGCGAUACCUCGAGUACGAUGACGAGCGCGCCGAAGAGGGCCAAUACCGUGACGAUGUUGCCACCACCCCACUCCUCAUUGAGGGCCUUGAGGGUGAUACUGAAGACGAUGCCGAGGGCAGCGCCAAUGGUAGCGCCGAUGGUAGCGAACGCUUCAAUCCCCCGGGCCGCACCCCCGUUGGCGGUGCUUCCCAUACAUCUGUGUAUGGAUCAUCCGACGACGAAGGCGUUCCCAAGAAGAAGCGGUCUAACGGCCACCACCAGCCCGACUUCUCUGCUCUCCCGAGCAACGAGCAGGAAAUUGAAGCACCCAGUGGUGUUUUGAGUAAAGCUCAGCUGAGCAUCCGCAAGGCCUUGGCACGCAUCGGAAGCAGCAUCAACAACACUGGCAUUCGCAUUUACAAGUCGCUCCCCCGUCCUGCUCAGGUGACCCUCCGCGGCGUCUCCUGGGUUGUCGCCAAGGUCUACAACUUCGUCUGGGAUUUCAUGAACCCUCCCCUGUGGGCCAUGCUGAUUGCCGUCUUGGUUGCUUCCAUCCCGACACUGCAGCGUCUUUUCUUCGAGGAGGGCUCCUUCGUCAAGAAUAGUGUCACCAGCGCUAUCCAGUCCAGCGGUGGCGUUGCUGUUCCCCUCAUCUUGGUGGUCCUUGGCGCUAACCUGGCCCGCAACACCAUGGCCAACCCUGAUAGCAUCGACAUCGAGGAAGAAGAGAUUGGCACCAAGCUCCUGGUUGCGUCCCUACUGAGCCGUAUGCUCCUCCCCACCAUCAUCAUGACGCCGAUCUUGGCCCUCCUGGCCAAAUAUGUCAAUGUCAGCAUUCUUGACGACCCCAUCUUCGUCAUUGUUUGCUUCCUCCUCGUUGGCGCUCCCAGCGCACUGCAGCUGGCCCAGAUUUGCCAGAUCAACAACGUAUAUGAAAAGACCAUGGGUCGUCUGCUUUUCCAGAGCUAUGUCAUCUGGAUUCUCCCUUCCACUCUCAUGCUUGUCAUGCUGGCACUCGAGGUCAUUGAGUGGGCCCGUUUGUAA